UUUUUAUUACACCUCUGGCAACCAUACAGACUGGCGAAAGUGUUGCGCACUGCGCAUGCGUGUCACUAAACCGCCGUGUAAAAUGUCGGUGGUUUUUGUUCCAAAGCGACAGCGAGGUAAAGCUCAAAUUAACCAGGAGACCAUCCAGAGACUACUGGAUGAGAAUGACCAGCUUGUGAGGUGUAUAGCCGAGUACAUGCAAAAAGGCCGAGCGACUGAAUGUGUCCAAUACCAGCAGAUCCUGCACAGAAACAUUGUCUACUUGGGCACGAUUGCAGAUGCCAGCCCAGAUGUUCCUGUUUCUUGUGAAGAUGUUACGAGUCGGGAUGAAGUGAGGGACGUUUCCGAACCUUAAAUUCAGAGCAGUCAUGAAGAAUUUAGUAUUUUUUUUUAAUGUGUCCACUGUAAUAAUAAACUGUAUAUAAUUUUGUAAAUAAUCAUCUGAGACUGGAGUAAAAUACAGCCGGGUUUAAAGCGAGAGCGUACGGAGAUCCGUUUAUCAUAUUUAUUCAUGUUUUUGCAUCGCUGGUACACUUGGAACGAUUCGUCUUCACAUUGUCGAACACCUGUUCACGUCUUCCGCUUUACUCUAAUAAACUCGAAUGAUUAAUUUGAGAA